AUGGGUUUUGAUCCACAAGAGAAGACGUACAAAGUUUUGAUAACAGUUAAAGAAUAUUCAAGAAGUAUGUCCACAAAAAAUUGGGUUUUUACUUUAGGUACAGACAAAUCAUGGAGAGAGAUUAUAAGGAUUACUGAUUCUGUUGUUAGAAGUAAAAAUGCAAUUUGCAUUAGUGGUUUUAUCUAUAUGUGGAGCUAUGACGAGGGGAACCUAUCCAUAGUAACAUUUGAUGUUAAAAAUGAAAAUUUCAGAACUAUCACAUUUUGGAAUUCCUCAAAUCACAUAGAGGAUUCUUAUAACAUAAGAGGGAAUGAGACUCGAAAAGAAGAAUGGGAGAAGCAUAUCAUUCAAUUUCCUCUAGAAUGCAGAAGAUUUUGCAGCUGUUGGGAUGAAGAGAUUUUAUUCACCAAGAAGACCGAGUCAGGUCAAUUCAUCUGUUUGUGUUACGAUGUCAUGAAAAAGAGAUGGAGAAAGUUAGAAAUCCAAGGGCUUCCAGGAACGAUUUUGAAUGACAGUUAUAGUUAUUCUGAAACCCUCUUCCUAGUUGAAAAAUUAUGCAAUAGUGCUUGA